AUGAGUUGGAAAACUGAAAAAACACCAAAACAAACUGCGGAAGCUUUGAAGAAGAAGUUCACUCAAGAGCAGAUAAAUAAUGGCAAGAUCACAGCCGCGGCCUGGCAAGAGAUCAUUAUAGAAACUCCCAAGAACAUUUAUUACUCUGCAACCUCGAUCAAGCAAUGGCUUUGGCUUUUCUUCUAUGCAGAUAGAAACCUUGACGGUAAUGUUGGGCUUCAAGAACUUCUCAAAGUGCUCGAUGAGCUUAAGGCAAAAGAGGAUGCGAAAAAAGAGAUUAAGGAGGCCUUCUCAGGGAUAGAUGUUUCUGGCGACAAGAAACUCAGUUUGGCCGAAUGGUUCAUUAUCGGGUUCUUAAAGCGUGACCGCGAGGACGGCUAUGAAGACGCAAAGAAAAUUGACUAA